GGACUCUUGUAAGCGUGUUGUCGAGAAACGUGACGUGACGGGUGAAAGUUGACCAGAUGAGAAAAACAGAGGAGGUGUUUAACUCUCAUCCUUACUGUUGUUAUAAGAAGAAGGGCAGGCUGUCAGUGUUUGUAAGUGUACGGCAAAAGCAACAUUCAGAGAUGAGUUUGACUGCUAUUCUGUCAGAGAUCGACGGUGGAGAUGACAAGGGAGUUGGAAAGCUUUUGCAGAAGUAUAACCUAGAGAACAGCCACACGUUUGCCUUUGACCACAAAGAGGAGGAUGCACGAAUUGAAUUGUGUCAGGGUCUUCUUAAAGUCCUCCGUCGGUCAGAUCAUCCACUUUGCCAAAGCACCUGCCUGGAGACCCUGCGCAUCCUGUCCAGAGACAAGCGUGUACUUGGACCUGUAGCCACCAAAGAGGGCAUCCUCACUCUAGCAGGACUGGCCCGUAUCCAUGUGGUGGGACACGACGGAGAGCCACUAGAGGAGGCACAGUCAGCAGAGGAGGAGAGGGUUGUAGUGGAGGCCCUCAAGUGCCUGUGCAAUGUAGUGUUUAACAGUGUGCCGGCACAGCAGGUGGGCGCUGAUGUGAAGUUGGCAGAGGGUCUGUGUGCCCGCUUGCCUUCGGUCAGCUCGUCCCAUCAUGAGGUGGGCCUGUUCUCCCUCCGGCUCCUGUUUCUGCUUUCCGCCCUGCGGACGGAUGUGCGUGGUAUGCUUCAGAAGGAGGCGGGUGCAGUGAGGCUGCUCACUGACAUACUGGAGCGUACUCUUGACGUCCGUUGGGUGGGGCCAUAUGAGGCAGAAGCCCCUAAACCAGAAGCCCUGCCCAUUUCCUCAGAAAACAAUGAGCUUGCCAUGGAAGCCCUUAAAGCUCUGUUUAACAUCACUAUGUCUGAUUCCAGCGAUGAGGACAAUGACCACCAGCUUCGACUGAUUGCUGGCAUCAUGAGACAUCUCCUAAUGCUCAAGACGCACACUGAGGAUAAAACAGAGGAGGCUCACAGUCAUACCAUAAAUCUCCUGAGUAACCUUCCCGUGCGAUGCCUGGAUGUUCUAAUAGACAUCCCUGUCCAAGGUGGGAUGGAAACGUAUGGUGGGAAGAACAUGGAUGUAGUGCAGAUACUUCUAGAUUUUAUGGAAAAGAGGAUAGACAAGGGGACCAACUAUAAAGAAGGCUUGACACCUGUGCUGAGUCUGAUGACAGAGAGCUCUAGAUACCACAGGGAGAUCCGCAGAUACCUCAAGGCCCAGGUGCUGCCUCCCCUGAAGGAUGUGAAGGAAAGGCCGGAAAUCGGUUGCACAGUUCGAAACAAACUGGUGCGUCUCAUGACGCAUGUAGAUAUGGCAGUAAAACAGGGGGCUGCUGAGUUUCUUUUUGUGCUCUGCAAGGAGAGCGUGGAUAAUCUGUUGAAGUACACUGGUUAUGGUAAUGCUGCUGGAUUGUUGAUGGCACGAGGGUUGCUGGCCGGAGGCAGAGGAGAGACACAGUACUCAUCUGAUGAAGAUUCUGACACUGAGGAGUACAAAUCAGCCAAACCAUUUAUUAACCCCAUCACAGGUCACAUAGAGCUCCCAAUGCCAAACCCUAUGGAGGAGAUGACAGAGGAGCAGAAGGAAUAUGAAGCUCAGAAGCUUGUCAAAAUGAUUGAUGAAUUAUCAAGGAAGGAAUUGAUCAGACCGAUGGGAGUGAGGAAGGAUGGUACUCUAGCACCCCUAGGAGAAGCCAUCCAUGAGUGCAGCCCUCCACCCAGCAGCGACUCCGACUCAGACUAACAGGAGUUUAGUUCACUCCAACAAACCCUCUAGGCACCGCUGCUGCCAGCUGACCACCAGUCUUACCAACUGUCCCUUGCACAGGGGAUAGUUCAGUUAUUUCCUACUGAGGUUCUUUUGUUGCACGAGGGCAUGUCUUUCUAUUUGGGACAUGAAUGGUGAACUAUAGAGUGAGCGGAGAGAGAGGAAGCAGAAAUGUUUAAAAAGAUAAACGGUUGUCACCGGACUACAGUUAUAUUCAUAGUGACUGUAUGAGAUGGAACUAAGUAGGAAGUUUCACAACAUAUUCACGUGUCUCUGUGCACAAGUAAAUGCACUUGGUCUUCAAUAAUGAAGUAUAAAGGCUUAAUGACAUUUACCCUCAAGAAAAGCUGUUUAUUUAGAUUUGUAUUUAUUAAACAGUCACAGGCUGUUGCUGGUUCACAGAUAAAAGAAGAAACCUGUUUCACAAUGUUUCAAAACACUUGAAUGUUUUUUUAAAUGUUAUGCCAUCAAGCCAUGAGAUCACUUGUGCUAAGAAAUUGUUUGUCUUGCACUAAAUUUUUGCAAAAUGUGCAUUGCAUUUUUUUCCCCACCACUUAUGGCUGGAGUUUUAAAUAAGUGUCUUUUCAAAUGUUCUAUAUUAUUUUUAGCUACACAAUUUUCUAUAAGCAUCAUUUUUUUUUUUAGGUGUCAUUUUCUUCUUUUUCUAUGGAAUGUUAGGGUUUUACACAAAAAGGAUGUAAUUAAAUUCAGGUUUUCUAAAGAUUUCUGGUUACUAUCUUUGAUUUAAAAGCUUGUGAAUAUUUCACCAGGCCCAGUUCUCUUCUAUAACCACUGUAAAAUCAGAAGAAAGGGGCUUUGUUUUAUAAAAUGUUAAUUUUGAAUUUCCUUUAGUUUUUGCAUUUAGGUUUUUUGUUGAUUUUCAUUUCAGACAAUCAUUUGCAAUAAAUGAAAAACAAAACUA